UUUGCACCCGUGUCUCAGACUUCACAGGACCGCCUUGAUGCCUCCUUGAACGAAGCGCCGCUCGAUGCGACUGCAAUCACCGAAUCAGACAUCUCGGCAGCGAAAGAGAAGAACAAGACAGUGCUGUACCUGGCGUACGGCUCGAAUCUAUGCAAUGAGACGUUCAGAGGCGCACGAGGCAUCAAGCCUUUGUCGCAAGUCAAUGUCCUCGUCCCCUCAUUGCGCCUGACAUUCGAUCUUGCCGGAAUUCCAUAUGCAGAGCCCUGCUUUGCCAACAGUGCGCGCCGUAUACCGAAUGCGCCCGUCCCAGACCCCUCAGAACCGCACUACCACAAAGACCGCUGGCAGAAGGGCCUGGUAGGAGUAGUCUACGAAGUCACACUCAGCGAUUACGCGCACAUCAUCGCAACCGAGGGCGGCGGUGCCUCAUACCAUGAUAUCCUCGUCGACUGCCACGUCCUCCCGUUCGCCGACAGUGUGCCCUCACGCCCCACAACCGCCCCGUUCAAAGCGCAUACCCUCUUCGCACCGGCUAUCCGACCAGACGAAGCGCGCGCCGCAGAUCGAAUUUCAAGACCAGACCCUAGCUACGCACAGCCUUCAGCGCGGUACUUGAAGCUCAUCACCGAUGGCGCGGCGGAGUGCGAGCUGCCGACCGAAUACCAGGAGUAUCUUCACAACAUCCGAGCGUACACAAUUACCACGAGGAAGCAGGCGGCAGGCAAGGCGCUAUUCAUGGGAAUCUGGCUGCCGUUCAUCCUCAUGAUAUUCGCUAUGAGCAGAAGGCUGCAGGACGACAAAGGCAGGGCGCCCAAGUGGUUCGCCAGGCUGAGCGCGAUGAUCUUCGUGGGCAUGUGGAUGAGCUACGAUGGUGUGUUCAAAAAGAUAUUUGGAGACGGCGAGAGGACUAUUGGGGAUGAAAUGGAUGAAGAGUGGAAGGGGGUGCCAUAUAAAGAUGAAGAACCAGCGAGCUACAGCGAUGCUGAGAAGGAUAGGCUGCUGGAGGAUGCGAUGGGGAGGCUG